CUCCAAGCUGAGAACUGUGCCUGGAAGCUCACAUCCAACAAUCUCUUGAGUCACCUGCAACUCAAGGUCAACAAUGAGAUGAGGUGGCACUGUCGGGGAAGAGUUGGUGAUGCUGUGAGUUGCUCGAAGUUAAGAAACAUGGAAUAUUGGAUGGACAGAUGAAGUAGCUGGCAGCUCUAAGCUAUACAUUGCCUUGCCAAUUCAUCAGUGUGUCUUAAACCCAUAGAAAUGGGCAACCAACUUCUCAUUCUUUCAACAUGCAAGCGUGCUCUAUCGAUAGGGGCACAACGUGACAUAAACCGAGUCAACUUCUCAAAAUCAACAUGGCAAAGAGACAGAUCAGCGUUGGCUUUCAUCUUUUUCCAAGCUCGCAACAAGUGCAUCCUCUAAUCAUUGAGAAAAGUGUCUUGAUCCUCCAAUAGUUGGUCCACAACCACUACAUCAGUAAUCCUUGUAGUACAACAAACAAAGGAUGGGGCUCACGACCAUGAAGCACCUUGAAAGGAGAACAACCCAGAGAAGUGUGGAGAGAAAUAUUGUACCAAUAUUCUGCUCGGGAAAGCAACUUAACCCACACUCAAGGCUUAUUCGAAGCCAAGCAACGAAGGUAAAUUUCCAAGAAACAAUUGACGACUUAGUCUGUUAAUCAGUUUGCAGUUGAUAUGUUGUUCUAUGCUCGAGUUUUGUUCCUUGGGGAUGGAACAACUUUGCCAAAAAUGAUUGAGAAACACCCGGUCUUGAUCCAAAAUAAUAGAGCAGGCCCUCCAUGGAGCUUGACCACUUUAGCAGUGAAUGGGUGUUGAAGUGGAAUGAAAUGAUUAUACUUACUCAAAUAGUCCACCACCUCGAAGGUGGUGUCAACUCCCUCCUAUUUAUGCAAACAUUAAGUCAUCUUGAACUUGCUUGGGGGACAAGAGGGACUAGAGGAAUCCAGCUAGAGACAUGGUUCUAUAUUUAUUUUGUUGGCAAACCUCACAGUUAUGAACAAAGUCUACCACAACCUCUUUUAUUCCAACCCAAUACACAUCCCAUGCUAGUCGUUAGUAUGUGUGAGUCACCCAAUACACAUCCCAUGCUAGUCGUUAGUAUGUGUGAGUCUCACCUUAUUGUCCCCCAACGUGAGAGCAAUGAUAUUUCCUUAAAAAACUUAGAAUCAAAGUAUAAGUGGCUGACAACUAUCCAGCCUUUAUAGAGCAACUUUUCGGGUGAGAGAGGAGAAAUCCCGGCAUGGUUGUAUAUUUAUUUCGUUGGUUAACCGCACAGUUCUAAACAAAGUCUACCACAAACCUUCUUUAUUUCAACUCAAUACACAUCCCCUACUAGUUGCUAGUAUUUGUGAUUGUCACCUUAGUGUCCCCAAUGGGUGAGCAAUGAUAUUCCUUUAAAAAUUGAGAAAUCAAAGUAGAAGUGGCCGACAAGCUUCUCGUGGUCAAAAGAGAACACUAGAACACUAUUACCUUACUCUAAAUUAGCAAUUAUCUUGGCUUUAUAGAUUGGCUUCUCAUGCUUGAAAGAGAACCCUUGAGCACUAUCACCUUGCUCCAAAUUAGCGAAUAUUUGGAUAAAAGUUGUCUUAGCUGAUUUCUUUUUUUUUUUUUUGAGGGAAAAGUCUUAGUUGAUUUCUUGUGACAUAACACUCCAAUCUAGCCAAGAUGUGGUAGUAAGCACGGUAAACUCCACUGGAGGCAUAUGAGAUAGAGCAUCAGCAACAUGAUUACCCCUAGCAGGCUGAUAAUUUAUCUCAAAGUCAAAUUCCAACAACUUAAUUACCCAUGUCUUAUUUCUCCGUAGUGAGAGCUUGCUGCUCAAGAAGGUACUUCAGACUCUUUUAAUUCGUUUUCACCACAAAAUUUCACCAAAUAUGGAUGCCACUUAAGGACAGCAAAAACGGUUGUCACCAGUUCUUUCUCAUUGAUGGACUUGUGUGCCCAAGGCUUCAAUAUACUUGGAUGAAAUAGGUGGUCGAUUACCCUCUUGCAUGAGGAAAAUGCCUAAACCAUGUCCCGAGGCAUCCGUCUCAGCCACAAAAGCCUUAGAAAAGUUGGGAAGAGCCAAAAUAUGUACAGUACUUGCAAUUGGCAAAAAACUUUUGUGGCCUAUGCGGAACAACAAAACUGAUCCUUCUUCACUUGAUUGAUAAGGGGGCGGGCAAUACUCACAUAACAUGCCACAAACUUAUGAUGGCCCAGAAAACCUCACAAUUCUUGAAUGGAGGUAGGUAUGUCGAACACCACUAAGUGCUUUUGUAACAAGCCGACUAGUGAGUGAUUUGUUGCAUUAUCUUUCGAAGACACUUGGCAUUGCCGAACUUUACCGAACCCCUUCUUCUUCGUGUUGAAGAGUAAUCAUCGACUUGAAUGUUAUGUCGGGACAGAUCACCCUUUAAGUGUUAUGGAUUGCCUACCAACAUUCAAUAUCAUAUUGCAUUCCUUUCAAUGGUGAUAGCUGCCCCCAAGUGUCUCCAAUCACUAUACCUGGAGUAUUAUAUAGGUAUUUCCCAUGGUAGGGGAAGGAAAUCGUCGAUAAUUUCCAGCUCUUGUAGUGUAGGGAAAUGACUUUGCAGAUUCCUGCCCCAUGAACUGCUUGUUGGCACACCACACGGGCUCUUGUUGGCUGGACUUCGGGGUCCAUCCAUCAUCUUCAUAGCAAUCUGCAUCCUGGCCUUGACGAAUUAAAUGCAGCUUUUCGGUGAUAACACAACCCAUGCUUGCAAGUGGGGCUAUAAUAUUGGCAUUCGUCUGGUUGACGAGUUCCUGGCAAAGUCGAAUGUCUCCAGUUGUGUUGACUUCAAAGAAACGGCUGAAGUUAUUGCAAAGGUUGGCUUUAAGAUGUUCUUGGGAGUCACUGCAUCCGUGACGAACUGGGAUGCUGAUGGAACAUGCUGCAGUAUUGUUUUGGAGGAUAAUCCUUUGGUAGAUUUCGUUGAGCUUCCUGAUAAUUGUCAGGGUCUGUAUUACUGCAACAUCUUAAGUGGAGUCAUUAGAGGAGCCUUAGAAAUGGUGUCGAUGAAGACUGAAAUCACUUGGGCGCGGGAUAUGCUUCGAGGUGAUGAUGCAUUUGAGUUGCAAGUAAAACUCAUAAAGCAAGUUCCCGAAGAAUACCCCUACAAAGAUGAUGAGUAAAAUAAGUAAAUUGUAUAUUCAUUCGGUAGAAACCAAAAGAUUGAAUAUUUUCUCUUCUAUUUUUACGUGUCAACACCCUUGAAUUGGAAGAGAUUAUUUUAAAUAUAAGAAAUUUAUGUUUUGUUUAAUGAUGAGUUAAAUAAUAAGAGUAAAAUGUGAUCAAUUCCCAAAA